AUGUCGACCAAGGCUGAGUCGUCUCGCCCCCGGGCACCCGACACCAAGAAGGUGCACAUCGCCGACACCCAAAUGACUCGCAACAACUGGCACAAGCAUGUCAACUGGCUCAACGUCUUCCUCAUUCUCGGUAUCCCCUUCUAUGGCUGCGUCCAAGCCUUCUGGGUCCCAUUGCAGCUGAAGACUGCCAUCUGGGCCGUUGUCUACUACUUCUUCACCGGUCUCGGUAUCACCGCAGGAUAUCACCGUCUGUGGGCUCACUGCUCUUACUCGGCCACUCUCCCCCUCCGCAUCUGGCUCGCGCUCGUUGGCGGUGGUGCUGUUGAGGGCUCCAUCCGCUGGUGGGCUCGCGGUCACCGUGCUCACCACCGUUAUACCGACACCGAAAAGGACCCUUACUCCGUCCGUAAGGGUUUCUGGUACUCCCACCUGGGCUGGAUGGUGAUGAAGCAGAACCCCAAGCGCAUUGGCCGCACUGAUAUCUCCGACUUGAACGAAGACCCCGUCGUCAUCUGGCAGCACCGUCAUUACCUGAAGGUCGUCUUCGGCAUGGGUCUUAUCGUCCCUAUGCUGGUCGCUGGUCUUGGCUGGGGUGAUUGGUUCGGCGGCUUCGUGUAUGCCGGUAUCCUGCGUAUCUUCUUCGUUCAGCAGGCUACCUUCUGUGUGAACUCUCUGGCCCACUGGCUUGGUGACCAGCCUUUCGACGACCGUAACUCUCCCCGUGAUCACGUCAUCACCGCCCUAGUCACUCUGGGUGAGGGCUACCAUAACUUCCAUCACGAAUUUCCCUCCGACUACCGCAAUGCGAUUGAGUGGCAUCAGUAUGACCCGACCAAGUGGACCAUCUGGACUUGGAAGCAGCUCGGCCUCGCCUACGACCUGAAGCAGUUCCGUGCUAAUGAGAUCGAGAAGGGUCGUGUGCAGCAGCUGCAGAAGAAGAUCGACCAGAAGCGCGCCAAGCUGGACUGGGGUACUCCCCUGGACCAGCUGCCCGUUAUGGAAUGGGACGACUAUGUGGAGCAGGCCAAGAACGGCCGUGGUCUUGUUGCCAUCGCCGGUGUGGUUCACGACGUGACCGACUUCAUCAAGGACCACCCCGGUGGCAAGGCCAUGAUCAGCUCCGGUAUUGGCAAGGACGCCACUGCCAUGUUCAACGGCGGUAUCUACUACCACUCCAACGCCGCUCACAACCUCUUGUCUACCAUGCGUGUGGGUGUGAUCCGUGGCGGUUGCGAGGUCGAGAUCUGGAAGCGCUCCCACAAGGAAAACUCCGAGUAUGUUCGCGACGAGACGGGCCAGCGCAUCGUUCGUGCUGGUAUGCAGCCCACCAAGAUCCCCGAGCCCAUUCCCACUGCGGAUGCCGCUUGA